CAUUAUACUGUUCCCAUGGAAACUCGGGCAGAAGCAUUUGGGAAGGAAGAGGGGAAGGAAGGAAGCUGCCGUGUGGGUCUUGGCAGCCCCGUCGCGGCGGCGGCGGCGGCGGAGCUUCUUUGUCUCCUCCCGGCCCACACGGACGGCAGGGCAGAGGCGCAGCAGCCCCGGCUCCUGGGGAGGCGCCCCUCGGCGCGCCCGGCCGGCAACUCCCGCCGCCUCUCCGCAGCCCCCCAGUCCCGGGCGCCGCUGGCUGCAGGCGGCGGAGCGCACGAGCAUUACCGCGCCUGGCCUGCGAGGCAGGGAGGCACCCACGAGCCCCAGAGCGGACCGGACGAGGACCGGGGCAGCCGGCGUCCUGGGAUGCCAUCAGGCGCUCGCAUGCCCCACCAGGGGGCUCCAAUGGGUCCCCCAGGCCCCCCCUACGUCGGGAGCCCUUCCGUGCGCCCCGGGAUGCCCCAGGCCGUGAUGGAGCCCACGCGCAAGCGGGCAGCGCCCCAGCAGGCGCAGCAGCAGCAGGCGGCGCAGCAACAAGCGCAGCAGCAGCAGCAGGCGGGGGCCGCCACGCAGAACCGGCCCAGGAGUGCCAAGAGGAGGAAGAUGGCUGACAAGAUUCUCCCACAGAGGAUCCGGGAGCUGGUGCCAGAGUCUCAGGCCUACAUGGACCUGCUGGCGUUCGAGCGGAAGCUGGACCAGACCAUUAUGCGGAAGCGAGUGGACAUCCAGGAGGCCCUGAAGAGGCCCAUGAAGCUCAGACUCUCCUCCCUCCAACAGCAAAAGAGGAAGCUGCGCCUUUACAUCUCCAACACCUUCAACCCGGCCAAGUCGGACGCAGACGACUCAGAUGGCAGCAUCGCCUCCUGGGAGCUGCGGGUGGAAGGCAAACUGCUGGACGAUCUCAGCAAGCAGAAAAGGAAGUUUUCCUCUUUCUUCAAGAGUUUGGUCAUCGAACUGGACAAGGACCUGUAUGGACCAGACAAUCACCUGGUGGAGCUGCUGCACACUGGGUCGAAAUCUCCGUCAAGCUAUCCACUCAGAACCAAGGUCUGUUUCCUGUGGCACAGGACCCCCACCACCCAGGAGACGGACGGCUUCCAGGUGAAGAGGCCGGGGGACGUCAGCGUGCGCUGCACCCUCCUGCUCAUGCUGGACUACCAGCCCCCCCAGUUCAAGCUGGACCCCCGCCUCGCCCGCCUCUUGGGGAUCCACACGCAGACGCGCUCAGCCAUCAUCCAAGCCCUCUGGCAGUACAUCAAGACCAACAAGCUACAGGACUCUCACGACAAGGAGUACAUCAACUGUGACAAGUAUUUCCAGCAGAUCUUUGACUGCCCGCGGCUAAAGUUUUCCGAAAUCCCACAGAGGCUGACGAACUUGUUGCUGCCGCCGGAUCCUAUUGUCAUCAACCACAUCAUCAGUGUGGACCCCAAUGACCAGAAGAAGACCGCCUGCUACGACAUUGACGUGGAAGUGGAGGACCCCUUGAAGGGGCAGAUGAGCAGCUUCCUCCUCUCGACAGCAAACCAGCAGGAGAUCACAGCCCUAGACAACAAGAUUCACGAGACAAUCGAGUCCAUCAACCAGCUGAAGAUACAGAGGGAUUUUAUGCUCAGCUUUUCCAAAGACCCCAAAGGGUACAUCCAAGAUCUCCUCCGAUCCCAGAGCAGGGAUCUCAAGGUGAUGACCGACGUGGUGGGGAAUCCCGAGGAGGAGCGGAGGGCAGAGUUUUACCACGAGCCGUGGUCCCAGGAGGCCGUGAGCAGGUACUUCUACUGCAAGAUCCAGCAGCGUCGUCAGGAGUUGGAGCAGUCUCUGGGGGUGCGUAACACCUAAGCGGGGGUCCCCGGCCUCGCUGGCUGGCCCCUGAGCCAGCGGACUGACCCGUGUCCCCGUGCCCCCCCCAUCCCACAGAGGGUGGGCCUCCUUCACAACUGGCCAAGGGGGCAGGUCUGACUCGCACCGCCACCAGCGCCACCAGUCUCUGGCCAGCUUUCAAGUGUGUUUUGCCCCACCGACCUCCUCCUCUUCGUCCUCCUGCGGCUGCUGAGACCCUCCCAGGCCGGAAGGUGGCGAGGUCUCCCCUCACGUCACUCACACCAAUCAUCGGAGGCUGGAGAAUGAAGGACACCCCCUCCCCAAGCACACAGGGCCCCUCCUGGACAGACUUGGAAGGGGAGGAGGAGCCCAAUGGAUUGGUCAGAUGCUCCUAAAUCUCCCUCUGUGUGUCUCCCCCCUCCCUCCCUCCAGGGGUGCCAACUUGAACAAAAUAUUGGGGGACCCAACUAAGCCCCACCUCACAUCAUUGAUCACAAGUCAUGGCACACUAUUUGAAGGGCAAUGGCCAUUAACCUUGGGGGGCUCUGGCCCCCUCAAAUAUUUUAUUGGAGCCCCAAAGGGACCUUGGCCUCUAGGACAGUGUUUCCCAACCUUUUUUGGGCAAAGGCA